AUGGAUGUAUGUGAAAUUAUAUUUAAUCCUAACAGAGGGACAAAAAGACCCCGUGAUGAAGAGGAAGAAGAAAUCAAAGCACGUCGGAAACAAGCUAGUGCACGAGAGCACAGUCGCCACAGGGAAGAGGAGUCUGUUGCGCUGGAAGAAACUGAUGAUGAUAAGAAGAAACUUCUUCAGAUAAUUGAGAGGGAUGGAGAAGAGGAAGAGGAGGAAGAGGAACCUUUGGAUGAAAGUUCAGUGAAGAAGAUGAUUCUCACCUUUGAGAAGAGAUCUUACAAAAACCAGGAGCUGCGGAUCAAGUUUCCUGACAAUCCAGAGAAGUUCAUGGAGUCCGAACUGGAUUUAAAUGACAUCAUUCAGGAAAUGCAUGUGAUCGCAACGAUGCCAGACCUGUAUCACCUGCUGGUGGAGCUGAACGCUGUGCAGUCUCUCCUCGGCCUGCUGGGACACGACAACACAGAUGUUUCCAUAGCUGUGGUAGACUUGCUUCAAGAACUGACUGAUAUAGAUACUCUCCAUGAGAGUGAAGAAGGAGCUGAAGUCCUCAUUGACGCUCUAGUGGAGGGCCAGGUUGUGGCCUUGUUGGUCCAGAAUUUAGAGCGCCUGGAUGAAAGUGUGAAGGAGGAAGCUGAUGGUGUCCACAACACACUGGCAAUCGUUGAGAACAUGGCAGAGUUCCGACCAGAGAUGUGCACAGAAGCUGCGCAGCAGGGCCUCAUGCAGUGGUUGCUCAAGAGGCUGAAGGCUAAGAUGCCUUUUGAUGCCAACAAGCUGUACUGCAGUGAGGUGCUGGCUAUUUUGCUCCAGAAUAAUGAUGACAACAGAGAAUUGCUUGGGGAGCUGGAUGGGAUCGAUGUGCUGCUUCAGCAGUUAUCUGUGUUUAAACGACACAACCCUAGUACAGCAGAAGAACAGGAAAUGAUGGAGAACCUGUUUGACUCCCUUUGCUCCUGCCUAAUGCUCAGUUCCAAUCGCGAUCGCUUCCUGAAAGGCGAGGGUCUACAGCUGAUGAAUCUGAUGCUUAG